GGCUUGUCUGGCGGUUAUUUGCUAACAAAAUGAAACGAAAAAGUAAAUCGAAUGUACAGAAGCCUGAUGUUAAGAGAGGAAAGAGUGCAUUGAUUGCAAACAAGGUUGAACACGAUGGGAAAACAAAUACCAUCAACGGAAGAUUUCAAAAUGUAGCCACUUGGGAUGCCGAUUUGUCGAAACGAUUCGCCAAUUUUAUGCAAACCGAAUUUCCUGGCGUGACUCGAAUGUUUGAAAAUAAAUUUAUGGAGAUUUCCGGCAAUGAAUAUAUCUGGUUUCCUGCUCUGGCCGUUGUUUAUUUAAUGCAUCCUUUAGUUCACAAGCAACUUCCUCUUAACCUUGCAAUAGCAUUGGCGUUUGACAGCGCUGUCAUUUUAAUAAUCAAGGCAGUAGUCAAAAGAAGACGACCUACUGCCAAAAAUCCUGAUUUCUUUACAGCCAUAGGUCCAGACCAAUAUAGUUUUCCUUCGGGUCAUGCAAGCCGGACAACGCUAAUUUCGUUCGUCUUUACCCAACUCAAUCCGUUAUUUUCCAACGGUCAUCUCAAUUUUGCGACCUCGGCUAUUAUUUGGAGUUGGUCCAUUUCGGUUUGUUUUUCUAGGAUGCUUAAUGGUCGUCAUUAUCUCUUUGAUGUGUUAACUGGUGCUGUGAUUGGGCUCUGUGAAGGAUCUGUUAUUGUUUCUUCUUUCUGGAUGUCUCCUGAGCAAGCUGAAGGUUUAUUUAGAUUUUUUAGCUUGGAGAACGAUUCCCCUGAUAUAAAGUGAUUUUUUAUUGCAAUUUUUUAUUUGUGUUCUUCACC